AUGCAGAGCGUAUCUUCCGCAAUUCUCUGUGAUUUCACCAUCUUCUUCUUCAAAUUCUCCAUAAUCUCGCCGGCGAAACGCUUUUAUCAUCAUCGGAUCUACUUCCGAUCUUUUGAUUUUUGCGAAAAUGGUGAAGAAAGGGGGAAAAUUAGAAAUCGAAGUGAAACACCCGAGAUUGAAGCAUCUGUUGUGAGGAUCUCUCGCGGAUCAGUUGUAAUCGAAGAUCCAGAGCUGGAAAUGGCGAAACAACAACGUUCUCUUCGAUCCGAUGGAUAUGGAGGUCAUGGAUCUAUGUCAAGGUCAUCCGAAGCCUCCGAUAGUCCGUUAUGUCUUCAAUCCUCCGAUCAUCCAGGUUUAAUGAUUGUUGCUCAUACUCUAGAUGGAACGAACUACAAUAGUUGGGCUAUAGCGAUGAGGAUUAGUCUAGAUGCUAAGAAUAAGCUUAGUUUCAUCGAUGGAUCCUUGCCUAGACCAAGCGAGAGUGAUUUUGAUUUCAAGAUCUGGAGUAGAUGCAAUAGUAUGGUGAAAUCAUGGAUUCUUAAUGUUGUGAGUAAGGAGAUAUAUGAUAGCAUUCUCUACUAUCAAGAUGCUGUUGAGAUGUGGAAUGAUUUGUUUACAAGGUUCAAAGUAAACAAUCUACCAAGGAGGUAUCAGCUAGAACAAGCAGUGAUGACUCUAAGACAAGGUCAACUCGAUCUGUCCAGCUAUUUCACGAAGAAGAAGACAUUGUGGGAACAGUUAGCUAACACAAAGUCCAGGACGGUGAAGAGAUGUGAUUGUGAUCAGGUCAAAGAGUUGCUUGAAGAAGCUGAAACUAGUCGAAUCAUACAGUUUCUCAUGGGAUUAAAUGACGAUUUCAACAAUAUCAGGAGUCAGAUAUUGAACAUGAAGCCUCGACCAGGAUUGAAUGAGAUCUACAAUAUAUUGGAUCAAGAUGAGAGUCAGAGAGUAGUGGGUGUGUCUUCUAGACCAACCUCAAACCCUGUUGCUUUCCAGUCUCAAGCUUCUCAAGCUGUGAUCCCGGAUCAGAAUUCAAUUUUGCUAGCUCAAGGUAAUUUCCAGAAACCAAAGUGUUCUCACUGUUCUCGCAUUGGACAUGUUGCGGAUACGUGUUACAAAUUACAUGGUUAUCCUCCUGGACAUCCAAGGGCAAAGAAGAACAAUUAUGUGGGAAGCACGAAUCUUGCUAGUGCUGGUCAGAUAGAGGAGAGUAAGGAUCAACUUAAGGAGAAUGUGAAUGAUGACUUGUCAAAAGAACAGCUCCAACAAAUGAUCUCUUAUUUGAGUACUAAGCUUCAGUCUUCAAGCGUCACUUCAUGCCCUGAGAAAGCCAUAGCUUCGACUUCUACUUCCGUACCAACUAUCUCACAGAUAUCUGGUACAUUUCUCUCUUUAUAUGAUUUGACUUUCUAUGACAUGUUAACUUCCUCUAUACCUCAUGAAACUGAGUUGUCUUUUAGAGCUUGGGUUAUAGAUUCAGGAGCUAGUCAUCAUGUCACUCAUGAGAGAAACCUUUAUAGACAUUAUAAACCCUUAGAUAAAACCUUUGUUAGAUUGCCUAAUGGUCAAACAGUUAAGAUAGAUGGUACUGGCUACAUUCAACUUACGGAUUCAUUGUCUCUUCAUAAUGUGUUGCAUAUACCUGAGUUUAAAUUCAAUUUGUUAAGUGCUCUUACUCAGGACCUAAUGAUUGGGAAAGGUAGUCAAGUUGCGAACCUUUAUGUCUUGAGUCAGGAUAAAUCUCUGGUUAAUAUGUCUUGUUCUGCAUUUCAAGGAGUUCCUAUAGAGUAUUGGGGGGAUUGUGUUCUUACUGCUGUUUUUCUCAUUAAUAGAUUACCUUCACCAGUUAUAGGCAAUAAGACACCUUUUGAGCGUUUAACCUCCACUACUCCAGAUUAUAAUAGUCUUAAGGCCUUUGGUUGUUACCCCUCAGGUUUUAAAGGUUACAAGCUAUUAGAUAUAGAGACAUACUCAGUUUCAAUUUCUAGACAUGUCAUUUUCUAUGAGGAUAUCUUCCCUUUUGCAUCAUCUAAUAUCUCGGAUGAUGUAAAGAAUUUCUUUCCUCAUAUUACUCUCCCUGCACAAAUCACAGAUGAUCAAUUGCCUUUAGUGCAAACAUCUUCCGAUGCUCCUCAUCAUCUUGACGAGUCAUCAUCCAUGGUUUCNAUAAAGAUAAAAGUCAUUGUCAUAUUACCUUCACCAGUUAUAGGCAAUAAGACACCUUUUGAGCGUUUAACCUCCACUACUCCAGAUUAUAAUAGUCUUAAGGCCUUUGGUUGUCUGUGUUACUGUUCUACAUCUCCCAAGUCUAGAACUAAGUUUGAUCCUAGAGCUAAAGCUUGUGUUUUUUUAGGUUACCCCUCAGGUUUUAAAGGUUACAAGCUAUUAGAUAUAGAGACAUACUCAGUUUCAAUUUCUAGACAUGUCAUUUUCUAUGAGGAUAUCUUCCCUUUUGCAUCAUCUAAUAUCUCGGAUGAUGUAAAGAAUUUCUUUCCUCAUAUUACUCUCCCUGCACAAAUCACAGAUGAUCAAUUGCCUUUAGUGCAAACAUCUUCCGAUGCUCCUCAUCAUCUUGACGAGUCAUCAUCCAUGGUUUCUGUUCCUUCUGAACUUAAACCAACUAGGCAGAGAAAACUGCCUUCCCAUUUGCAGGAUUUUCAUUGUUAUAAUAAUAAUACUCUUACUAAAACUAAUACUUCUCCAUAUCCACUUACAAACUAUAUUUCUUAUUCAUACGUAUCUCAGCCUUUCUGUGCUUUUAUUAAUGCUAUUGCAAAGUCGAAAAUACCUAAAAAAAUUUCAGAAGCUAGGCUGGACAAGGUAUGGGUUGAUGCUGCAAGAAAGGAGAUUGGUGCUUUUAUAAGGACCAAGACUUUGAGUGUUUGCGAUUUACCUGAUGGUAAGGUGGCUGUAGGUUGCAAAUGGGUAUUCACGAUCAAAUAUCACGCAGAUGGCAGUAUUGAGAGACACAAGGCUAGACUGGUGGCGAAGGGAUAUACUCAACGAGAGGGAAUUGAUUUCACUGAUACUUUUUCUCCAGUUGCAAAGAUGGCAACGGUAAAAAUGAUCUUUUCUCUCGCACCCAAGAUGCAAUGGUUUCUACAUCAAUUAGAUAUCUCUAAUGCAUUCUUGAAUGGUGACCUCGAUGAGGAAAUCUACAUGAAACUACCCCCAGGCUAUGCUGAGUUACAAGGUGAAGUUUUCUCUCCUAAUGCGGUUUGUAGGUUGCAUAAAUCUAUCUAUGGUCUCAAACAAGCGUCGAGACAGUGGUUUUUGAAGUUCAAGACUACUCUUGUGGGAUUUGGAUUCGACACAUGCCAUGGUGAUCAUACUCUUUUCAUGAAAGAAGACAAUGGUCAGUUCUUAGUUGUCUUGGUAUACGUCGAUGACAUCCUCAUUGCAACUAUGGAUUCUGCCUUAGCUUAUACUUUACGAGAUCAACUGAGUUUGGUCUUCCAGCUUCGAGAUCUUGGUACACCUAAAUACUUUCUUGGCAUUGAGAUUGCAAGAAAUGAUGAAGGAAUUUGUCUUACUCAGAGGAAAUACGUUCUUGACCUGUUGGAGACUACUGGUUUUUCGGAUUGUAAACCAUCUGAUGUUCCCAUGAAACCAGAUCAGCAGAUGUCAUUGACCAGUUUCUCUAGAAGAAAGAAGAAAAAGGUUCCUCCAGUCAAAGAAGGUGAUGAUGAAUAUGACGUUGAACCUGCCCAUCCUUCUGAUUCUACACUUGCACUUUUAACGGAUACAAAGCAGUAUCGUAGAUUGAUUGGAAAACUUCAGUAUCUGACUAUCACCAGGCUAGACAUCACUUUUUCAGUUUCUAAGCUUGCACAGUAUUCCUCUGCUCCGUGGAAGUUUCAUCUUCAAGCUGCACAUAAGGUACUUCGUUACUUGAAGGAUUGGGGAGCUUGCCCUGAUAGUAGGCGUUCUGUUACUGGCUUUGCUAUUUUCAUAGGUCAUUCAUUGGUCUCUUGGAGGUCCAAGAAACAAGACAUGGUCUCGAUGAGCUCUGCAGAAUCUGAAUAUCGAGCCAUGAGUGUGAUUACCAAGGAGUUGUUGUGGUUUACAUAUAUCUUGAAAUCACUCAGGCUACCUUUCUCUCUUCCAGCUUAUUUGUAUUGUGAUAACGAGGCUGCUAUCCACAUAGCGAGUAACUCAGUUUAUCAUGAACGGACAAAGCAUAUAGAAUUUGAUUGUCACAAGGUCAGAGAGGCGAUUGAAGAUGGUGUUCUGAAGACCAUGUUUGUUCGCACGGAUAACCAGCUUGCUGAUAUUCUAACAAAAGCUUUACCUCCGGCUCUCUUCAAUGCAAAUAUUGGCAAAAUGGGAGUCCUCAAUAUCUACUCGUCUCCAUCUUGA